CUAUGCCAGUGUACUAGUGUAGUGUAGCGUAUUCACCAUCCGUCCAUCCAAUCCAUCCAUUUCGAUUUCAAUUCAUUUGUGUCUGGGACUCAGGAGGUUAAGUUCAAAGGAAAAUUGCAUGAUCUUCACUGCAAAAUUAAAUAAAUUUGUGAUUCAAAAAGUUGUUUCAAUUCACAUUACUUAAUUAAUUCAUUAUACUUAAAGUCCAAGAUACCUACUACUGCCACAAUGGCCCAUACAUAUAUAAAAUGUGCAGGAAAAGGGCUCAUAUUGCGGGGCGAAAAGAAAAUAUACGCAAAACCUGAAUUUACCUAUAAGCGCGAGUACUAUUUGGAACAAUUGGAACAAAUCAACAUUACAAAGGCAACAAUAAUCGCUGCUAUCAUAGAAAUUAGAGCAUUAUGGGAAUAUGUCAUAAAUAUCGCUUUUCAUAACUAUUCGCACAUAUAUUCACAGUUGAAAUAUCCAUUAUUGGACCAGGAAAAGGUGAUGUGCCAGAAGCACAGUGAGAGCAUUGCAGUGUACGAUAAAAUAACAGGAGAGUGGCUCGUCGUUCCAAGCGAACCACCAUAUCAAUUUUGUUACGACGGAAAAGACUUCAUAGAUUUUUCAAUUGCUAAAAAAGAGAAAGGGGGCUGGAGGUUCCUGCUUGUGGGGAAAUUUACAAGAAUGAUGCAAGAACCGAACUUGGUGACACAAACUGCUACUUGUCGGGCAUAUUUUCAUGAAUUCGAAGUGCCGAAUAUUAGACUGAUUGUCGGCGUGCCUGGCUGCGGGAAGACAAGGUACAUUAUCAAGAACCAUAACCCGGGCAGUCUGGUGCUCACGUCCGGUAAGGAGGCAGCUGAAGAUAUCCGGAAGCGUAUGGCCGAAAAUAAUGAAUUUCCGCAAUCUAAUUACAGUCGAUCGUACAGGACGAUUGACUCAUACUUAAUAAACAAGCGAGAGAGGUAUGUCGACGUGUGGGUAGACGAGGCGCUGAUGGAACACCCCGGGAAACUAUUCCUCGUGUGCCUGUUCAGCCGCUGCCGAAACUUAUACUUGCUGGGCGACCCGAACCAGCUCGGAUAUAUCAACAGGACUGACGUAACAUUGCGAUAUGACAAGUCUUCCAUGUUCUUCAAGCCUACCGAAACCUUAAACGUUUCUUACAGGUGUCCUGUCGACGUAAUGGCCAUCUUGUCUAAAAGAUGUGACUACGCCGGCUGCGUGUAUUCAGCGUCGAAUAUUUUGCGCAGUUUGAAGUGUAAAAUUUUUACAUCGCUUAAAGAUGUUCCGAGAUCGGAAGGUACAAAAUAUCUGGUGUUUAAGCAGGCUGAGAAGAAACAAAUGAAGGAGGCUGGAUACGACGUGUCGACCGUGCACGAGUACCAGGGCAAGGAGGCAGCGCGUGUAGUUAUAGUGAAGAUGUCGUGCAACUCACGGGAGACACAGAGCGAGUCUGUGCGACACCUGGUGGUGGCCAUGUCGCGACAUAGAGAAUCGCUCGUGUACUACUCGCCGGUGAGAGAUAGCCUCAGAAAACUUAUGGAAACGCGAUUGACUGAUGAGGAGCUUAGAAGUCAUCAAAAGUCGCUUUCGUCUUAUCUCACACCUGUAAAACACGGUAUUACAAUAAUAAGUGGAAUGGUUCGUACUGCCUAUUAUUGUGGUUGUGUUGUGGUUUGUUGGUUUUUAAUUGUUAUUGUUUGGUUUAGGAAUGAUAGACAAAUACGUAAUAACAAUAGGAGGUAUAAAAAUUAAUUUACAGUUCUUUUUAACGCAGUUAUAAGCAGUAUAAUAAAUAAAUUACCUAACCUAGUAGUACCUAAUAUUCUUUGAUUAUUAUAUUGCAAGUGGUUUUGUGGUACAGUAUAGGUACAUGUGUCAGACGGCAUUUUUUAACAGUCAAGAGCAACCGCAGUGUACGGAGUACACUGACUAGCUUUUAAUUUCGAUGAACGAAUGAAUCUUUUCUAGUAGGUACUUUCACGAUUAAUUAAUAAUAACAAACUAUACUAUUCAGCAGAUUCAGCUGGCACUAAUCAAACAUACACUAAAAACUCAUGGAUGUUAUUAAAUAUUUAUUACGAGCUUGUAACAUCUUUACAUAAUACUUAACCAUUAAAGUUAGCAUAGUCAACAAAUAAAAAGAACAAUCUUGACCUCUAUCGUAUCGUAUACUGAUAGCUACUGGGAAAUUCAAAAACUCAAAAGUCUCU